CCUCCCACACACACAAAUACUUUCCCCUUCCUAGACUGAUUCACCACCCCUAAGUUCCUCUUCUUCAGAAUGAAGGUGUACCAUUGCCAGGAGUUUUUCCCCAGGGGCAGAGCCCUGCCCCACCCUAGAUCGUAGCCACGUCUUCGCCCCGCCCUUCAGGACAGAGGUAAGCCUCCAGACUAGCAGGAUUCAGCCUCACCCACCCGGCAGAAUUCCACCCCCGGUCGACAGAAAGUUCAUCCCUCCAAUCGUCUCCGCUUCCCGAAGGAGGCGGUACCUUCAGAGCAGAUCCCCGCCCCUGAGAACUUCCUAAAUGACGUUCUCAGGGACUCUUCCCUACAACAAAGCCCAAGUUCCUUCCAAGAGGCAACUAACUUCGUCCCUUCCAUCGCCCCCUGGAGGCGCUCCCUCAGCUCGAGGCCACGCCCCCUUACGUAGCCCGGCCAUUAGGACGCAGCUCCGCCUCUUCCUCACUGCGCAUGCGUUGUCUUCUGGCGUCCCUGGAGUUGAUCGGGGAACGUAGUGGCCCGUAAUAUGGCCCAGAAGACGGCUGGCGAGGAUGUGGUGGGAGUUGGGGAGCUCGGCAGGUUAGACCCACCGACAGGGGCCCUCACGGAGAGAGUCCCCGACGCCGCUGGCCAGGCCCUAGUGAGCCCCUACCACACCCGCCGCGUGGGGAACCCCGAGGACCUCGUGGAGCUCGCCCAGCAGGUCCAGAAGGCUGAUGAAUUCAUCAGAGCAAAUGCUACCAAUAAACUGCUAGUUAUAGCUGAGCAAAUUCGGCAUUUGCAAUCACAGGCCAAGAAGGUAUUGGAAGAUGCUCAGAGAGAUGCUGAACUACACCAUGUAUCUUGUAGUAUGGUGAAAAAACCUGGAAAUAUUUACUACCUCUAUAAACGGGCGAAUGGACAACAAUACUUUUCCAUCAUUGCACCAAAGGAAUGGGGAGCAAGUUGUCCAAAUGAGUUCCUUGGUGCCUACAAGCUUCAGCAUGACCUCUCCUGGACUCCAUAUGACAACAUUGCGAAGAAAGAUGCUGAAGUCAGCAUGAUGGACAAGCUUUUAAACCAGCAGAUGGCUUUGCCCCAAUGUUCAGAGCCCAAUUUCCAGGGCCUUACUCAGUGACAACGGACAGUGCCAAAUAGAAUGUGGGUCUGGCUGUUCUAGUCUCCUUAGCUUCCCUACAUCCUACUUUUGUGGGAGGUGAAAGUGAGACAUGAUGUACAUAUAAGCACCUUGGAUGGAGAGCCUGUGUGAAUUGAAAGUAUAUCAACUCCAUUUUGGGCUCCACAUUCUGAUUCCGGGAGUCCUUUAGCUAAACAGACACGGGCCAGUAGUCAUUAUUACACAUCACAACUUGCCCAGAUGGCCAGAAUCCCUCCCCACUGUGGCACUAGAGACUUUAUAGGCAAGAGAAGAAUUGUCACUUUCUUGAAAAGGUUGCAGACUACUGUUUAUACAGAGAAGAAUCUGCACUGCCACUUUGUUAAUUCAGGAAGUUUAGGAAUGGGACUAGGGUCAAGCAAAGGCCUGACUUUUAUGUUUCUCUAAGUGAUUCUACCCUUUCCCAAAGCACUUUAGACUCAAAAUCAUCAUCCAAGGUCUCAGGAAUAUGUAUUAUGCAAAAUGGCAGGUAGAGUAAUGUGGCUGACCGGAAAAGGGACUAGCCCUUCUUGUUGGGCUGGAAAAUUGAGAGAAGUAUAGGAGAGAAGAGUGGUGGUCACCCCUUUAACUUCUUGCCUUUAGUUUUAGGAACAUAGAGCUGGAAGGAACCUUCCAAAGCCAUUGAAGUCAGUAUAGCCUUCUGGAUGAAGAUAGUUGAAUUUAUGUUGGUUGGGUUUUGGGGAAAUGUCCAGGGCUAAUCCAUCUAAAGAGUAUGAGUCCAUUUAAUUGGCUAUUCCAAAUACCAAAGAAGGGAGAGUUGAGACAGUAGGAAUGAAAACUUUGAUGUUUCAUUUGCAUAGAAUUUAUUUUGUUUUCUCCAUAGAAUUUAGAACAGCUAGCCUGACUAUUUUACAGUGAGCUAAAACCCUCAACUUAAGCACCAUUCCUCCUGACAUUCUGAGUCAUGGGUUUGUGGAAUUGAAACCUUGGAGGGCCCUUAGAUCAACUAAUCCAUCCUCAUUUGUUUAUGGACAUGAGAAAACUAAGGCUAGUUGUUAGGUGACUAGCUCAGUGUCGCAUAGGUAGCAAAGCCAGGAUUUCAACCCAAGUCACCUGACUUAUGGUCCAGUGCUUUUGAUGUUUGUUAUACUGAACUUCUUGAAGUGAUGACAGUGAAGAGGAGAGGAAUUCCUGUAGGGAGCCAGUUCACUUAACUUCAUCCAAAUAGCAAUUAUAUGGAUAAUUCAGAUAAACUGAAAUAUGCAGAAGCCUAGAGGUGAGGUAGGAUAUUUUUUCUGUAAAUGACCCUAGCUAACUGUCCCACUUGUUUUGUCCAGAAACCUGUUUUGCAAAUAGUAUUCACCUGGGUUUAUCCCUAAUUAAAAGGUCCCAUGAGCUCCUGAUUCAUUUCAGGUUCAUUAAGUACUUAGUGUGAGCAUAACACAGAUAAUACUUAAGUAUUAUGACAUUAUUUACUGUGACGAUACUAGGAUAUGUUUAACCACAAAGCUGCUACAACUCCUUGGAGAAUAGCAUAUAAUGCCUAUUCUGAUUCAUUUGGGGUUUAGGGUCUUUCCCACUGAUUUUUCUUGGCCAAUGAGUUACAUGGUCAGCCAGAGCCUAGUGAGAUCUUCUGAGGCUUUUGGUAAAAUGAAAGUACAUGAAUCCAAAUUGGGGCUGGAAGGAAGCAUGGGAGAGGCUGAAAGCUUGGGCAGGGGCCAAAGCAGAUGUAGAGAAGAGAUGUCCAUACUGUUUAAUUCUUUUUUUAAAAAAAAACCUUUACCUUCGAUCUUAGAAUCGAUACUGUGUAUUGGUUUCAAGGCAGAAGAGCAGUAAGGGCUAGGCAUUGGGGGUUAAGUGACUUGCCCUGGGUCACACAGUUGGGAAGUGUCUGAGGCCAAAUUUGAACAUAGGAUCUCCCAUUUCUAGGCCUGGCUCUCAAUCUGAACCACCCCUGCUGCCUCCCACACUGCUCACUUCUUAUGGGCAAAGUCUGAUAGAUCUUACUUAGAAUCUCAUUCAACAUACUCCACUGGUAUAGUGCUGUUGAUUCUGGGUCUAGAAUCUAGAAUGCUAAAAGGAUUUUUAAAAUACAGUUUAGUCCUAUUUAUCAGGCUCAGAUUCUGGGAAAUCAGAGCCAAGGCAUAUAGUAGAAUGGGGGAGCUAUUUUGUCUCUAAGGAAAUGGAAUGAAUUCCUUCUUCUCAGGCAGCAUACCUGAGCCAUUGCUAUAUUGCUUUGAGUAUUGUAAAAGGGAAAAUUAAGAGAAUACUUGAAGGCCAACUAGGUAGAACAGUGAAGAGAGGGCCCAACCUGGAGUUAGGAGGACCUGGGUUCAAAUUUGGCCUCAUACCUCUUAGUUGUGUGUCCCCCUCCAGGCAAUUCACAACCCCAAAUGCCUAGCCCUUACAACUCUUCUGUCUUGGAAUCAAUACUUAGUAUCAAUUCUAAGAUAGAAGGUAAGGGUUAAAUUUUUUUAGAAUAAAAGAAUACCUGUAUUUGGUAUUGUUAACAAAUCCUUUCCUGGCUGUGCCUAUGUGAUUAACUUCCUAGGCUGUUCUAUCCAGAAUUUGGGGAUAGAACCAUUCAGAAAAAUGUGUUUACUAAGUGCUUAGAGCAAUGUUUUGGGCUCCAGGAUAGAUACAGGGAUUAGAUGAAGCCUUGGUCUCCUGGGAUUAUCAAGAAAGAUAAAACCUGCUGCUAAAAUAAACAUUACAAUCAAAUUUAUCUCUACAGUUGUUGGGAGGGGAUUCAGAGAAAGAUUUAGAAGGGAGUAAUAAAAUGGUGUCAAUUAGGAUUUGGAAUUUUGGACAAAGGCUUAAAAUUUAGUAAUGAUGGACCCCUAGACAAGGAGAGAAUGCAUCUAAAAAGAACUAAUUAAAAUAGAUUUGUUUGGAGUCUUUUGAAUCUGAUCAAAGUGGCUUUAAGGGAAAGGGGGAAAAAACCUGCCAACAUGUAGCCACCAAGCUUAGUGCUAUUAUAGAAAGUUCCUGCAAGAAUAGAAGAGGGGACCAGUAAUCCAUAGGAGACUACACAUGAGAUCCUAUAAAAGUGAUAGGCCUUGGAUGUCUAUACAUUUGAAAAGUACCACAGCUAAUAGGGAGUACCUGGAGAUCUUAAUACAAGAGGCAAAUGUGACCUUGGUGGGAUAAGACUUGACUUUAUUCAAGGAAUGCAGUUACUACAAUGGAAGUAACUAUAUAUAAAAUAGAUAAAUGAAAUCUAGGACCAAGGGUGAAAAUAUGACAGGGCAUUUGGGAGAGGGAAUUGGUGGAGGCUAGAACAGAAGCAAUAUGGUCAUGGAAGUAUACUGUAGACAUGCUGGACAAAACAAGUUUGUCAAUAUGUGAUAAAUAUGCAUUAAGUGCUUACUAUGAACUUGGAACUCUGCUAAGUGCUGGGGAUUUUUUUAAGUGUAUGCCAUCAAGGAGCUCCCAUUACGGGUAAAACAACUAGCUAGGUACCUAAAAGACAGGAGUAAAUGCAAGAUAAUCUGGGGAUAGAGGAAGUUAGAAAAAUCAAGGUGGGAUGUGAGGAGGCAAGAUAAUCCAAGUAGAUGGGAAAACCAACGCAUGUGUAUGGAGAUGAACAAUGGAAUGUUGUGUUCAGAGGCAUCGAGUAGGGAUGGAAGGGGAUGAGCAUUUCAGUAAGUGCUUACUAUGUGCCAGGAACCACGUUAAGUUCUUUAAAAGUAUCUCGUUUGUCACAAUAACCUUGGAAGAAAGGUGUUUUUACAUGUAAUACAGCUGAAGCAGAGUUUAAAUAACCCAGGAUAAUGCGAUUUAGUAAAUGGCUGAGACUGGAUUUGAACUCUGAUCAUCCUAAUUCCAGGCUCAAUCCUCUCCACAGAGUCAUCUAAUUGCUUCCUAGGUCAGUGUAGGUGAAUCAGAAUACAUGGGGAGGGAUAAAAUGUAAGGAAAUUGCCCAGCUAAGAAAGGACCAGGUUGUGAAGAACUUUAAAAUUAUAUUUGAUCCUGGAAGUGAAAGAUGGUUUGAAAUGAGAAGAGGCAACAUGCCCAACCAAGCUAUUGCAAUAGUCCAGGAAAGAGGUGAUGGAUAGGAUAGUGGCUCUGUAAAUGGAGAAGAGAUAUUAUAUAGGAAGGAGAUUGUGAAGGUACAAGAUUCAGCAAUGGAUUGGAUAUCUGGGGUAAGGGUGAGAAGUUGCAAAUGAUACCAAGGGUGUGAGUCUCAUCAAUUAUUAAUAGCAUUUAUGUAGCUCUUGAAGGGUUGCAAGUUUACAAAUGCAUUUUUUCAAUGGCUCUGGGGGCAGAUGCCAUUAACCCCAUUUUAUAGAUGAAACUGGUAGAAAGUGACUUGCCUGGGGUCACACUGCCAAUAUGUGUCUAAGGCAGGAUUUUAACCCAACUCUUGACUCAAGGUAUAUCCCAGCCAUGUAGUGGAGUGCCUGGAAAGAUGGCGGUGCCCUUUAUAAUAAUAGGGAACUUUGGAGGGGAAAGGUAAUGAGUUUUGUUUUGGACAUGUGGGAUUUGAGAUGCAUCUGGGACAUCCAGUUCAUAUUAUCCAAGAAACUAGCUUUGGAGGGAAACUAGGACUGGAUAUAUAGUUUGGAAAUCAACUUCCAUAGAGAUCAUUGAAUACAAGGGAGUUGAUGAGGUCAUUCAGAUAGUAAAUAGAAUACAAGGGCCACGACAGAAUGUAGGGUGACAAACAUGGUUGGGGUGGUAUUGGGGGCAGGGGAGAACAAUGAUGUGGAUGAAGAGCCAGCAGAGAAGACCAAAAGGUAGAUCAAAGGGCAGAAGUGUCAUGAAAACCCAAAGAGAGAAUGCUAGAGAAGAAAGUCACCAGUAGGGUCAAAUAAUUGCAGAUACAUCUAGAAGGAUGAAGAUUUGAAAAGAAGGCCAUUAUAUUUGACAGAUCAUUGGUCCUUAUGAUGAGAUCAGUUGCCAGUGAGAGGAGAAGUGGAGACAGUGCAGUUUUCCCAAGGAGUCUGUCAGAUUAUAACAAACCUGGAUAGAAGGCAUUCUUGACUAUGUUAGUAUUUUUCUGCUGAGUAGAAUUAGCUGAUGAAAAUUCUUGCCUUUCCUUAUCUUGUUUUCCUCCUAUAAAAGGAGGAAGCCAGAUGGGAAUUGGUAUUCUGGCCUCAAUUCUGAUCAAUAAGGAAGAAUAUUGAUUAUUGAAAUAGAAAUGAUAGAUACUUUAGUUGCAAGUGAUCAUUGUGGAGUUUAUGAACUAGGCAAAAUUUGUCAUAAACCCUAGACUUUGGAAGAAUAGAUUACAACGUAUUCAUAGAAAGGCAAGGAAGGAUUCUACCUAUGGAAGAUGAGCAACUGGAUAAGAAGAUGGCGUCUGAAAAAUUAUAUUUGGGUAUCUGGACACAGAAUGAUGAGCUUCCAGCCAGUCAGUAAAUAAACAUUUGUUAAGAAUUUAUAUUAUGUUAAAAGAAAGUUUACUAUGUGCCAAACACUAAGCUGAGUCUGGAGAUACAAAGAAGCAAAAACUGUCCUUGCCCUCAAGGAACUCACAUUCUAGCAGAGAAGCAUGUAAAAAAAGUAGGAACAUAAAGAUAAAUACAGAAUAGAUUCCAAGGUAAAGAGUACUACCUAAGAGAGGCCAAUACCUUUUCCUGGAUUCUUGUGAAUCUAAAAGGAAAGGCAUGGAGACAAUUGCAUUCCAGAACAACAUUUGAAGAAAACGUGGGCAACAAUAGAGGAGGACAUUUUGAAGAUACAAAUGAUUGCAGCAAGGAAAUGUGGUGGGAAGGGAGGUUUUCUUUAACAAAGAACAACUUGGCUCAUUCUCAGGAUUUUUAAAAGAUCUUUGGAAAAUGGAACCGUGCAGGUAAGUGGGGAUAACAACAAAAGUAUUCUAGGGUUUCAUCAUUUCUUCUUCCACAUUCCCAUUCUUAACUGUUUCUGUUGGUGGAAUGCUCAUCUUGGCUAGAAACCAACUUAGAGUGCUUCCCCCUUCCCUUCUUAAUGUGUAGCCACUUGAUGGUGUGGUAAAUUCUUUGUUCACUACAUCUCAUUUCCUUCCCCUGCAUUCCACUCACAGGAUCAUCAUCUUAGUUUGGACCUCUAUCACCAGCUGUCAAAACUAUUGGAUUGCAGUAGCCUCCCAAUUUGUUUUGCCUGACUGUACUUAUUUGGGACAUUGGCUUUAUUUUUCCUUCAUUUUUCAUUCUUGGGGUAGGGGAUGGGGAGAUUUGGUGGAUUUGUGCUGACUGACAAAAUAAAAUGUAAUUUAGAAAA